AUGAAUCCCAAGGGAACAGUAGAACAGUCUGUAAAUGAAACUUCCACAACGGGACAAGAAACUUCGGCCCCAAACACCGCAUUGUUAGCGUCAGCGCAGUCCAGUCACACCACUGCCACCGACACUCUAAAAGCCGACGCGUCACCCUCAACCCAGAAUGACCCCGUCUCUCCUAAUGGGCAACUUAUUGAUCAGACAACCCGUUGCGAGGAGACUGGUGAAACGUCGUUUUGCGAAGACCAGUUGUCGCAUACCCAGCAGCUAAGAAACGACGCGCUUCCCAUCGGCAACAAAUCCGAAGACAAAAAAGGGAAGAAGCUCGAGUUGGAAAAUAACGUUACACAUACGCUGUCAGAGGAGCUAAAUGUAAUUGGUGAAGGCAAGCCUCGCGGUGUUAAAGAAAUUGCGGACCUCGGCGAAGGGGAUGCUUCCUCCCCAUCCGCAGAAUCUACCUCUGCUUCUCAGGCGAAAAAUAAGAACUCAAAAAACCGCAGCACCAAGGAACUUCAAUCUUCUGUUUCUACCUCCCGAAAGAUUGGUGAUGAACCUCCUCCCCAGCCUUGCACUGAGACAUGUCAAGUGGAAGAACAAGAAAAGUCUAGGCUUGAUGGGACAACCGAGUCCACAUUUUCAGGCGAAGAAGAUGACGAUGAGGGCGAGAUUGAUUGUAAGUCUGAUGGCGCGAGUUCCAGCAUAUCUCAUGAUCACUCGUCGGAAGACGAAUCGCAUGCUCCUCGUCUGCGACGACGUUGUAGUGUCUCAGAUAAUGAUAACGAUGAGGAAGAAGAGGAAGACUAUGAUGAUGAUUACUACUUUGACGAGAAGCCUACUCAUUCUCAUGGUGAUGAUGAAAUUAUUGAUUCCACGAAGGACUGUAAGUCCCGUGGACCCCCUAUCACCUCAGAACUUCAUGAAGUUGAUGAGGGUGAUCAAAAAGAUGGUUGUCAAGUAAUUGAUGGCAAAAACACAGAAGCUAACGAAAAAGGCGUGGAAAAAUCUCGAUUAGUAACACCUGCUGGAAAUGAUAACAAAAAGGACCCUUCGUAUGUGCCGCGUGUCGGAGCUUUUUAUCUUCACGACCUUCGUGAUGAGGUUGACGAAGCGGAAACGAGUUCGAAAGCCCAAUCGUCUGUCAAUUACUGUCGUCGUCCAGGUAUGUUGGCCGCUCGCUGGGGUCAUGAUUUGUACGUCGAAAAACACCAGAAUCCCCGUACCACUGAAGAUAUUGUCCGGCGUUACGGGUACGACAUCCGUAAGCAUGGCCUUGAGAACCCACCUGUCGAAUCAGCAAUUGAAAAUCAGCCGGUGGACGAGGCUCCGCAGGCUGGGAAGAGGUAUUCUGCAAACCGACAACCAUCACAACAACAACAACAACAGCAGCAAAUAAUUGGCACACCUGGCCCUCCUGACGCUGCUACGCUGGAGUACUGCCGAUCCGUCGACCCCUCACUAGUGGCUGCUCUUCUCCAGCAAAAGCAACAUAAUCCUGAGGCAUUUGCAGCCGUUCAAGCGGGAAUGAUGCCCCCAGCCUACGGGAGGCGAUUGCCAAUGGGUGUGUACCCCGACCAAGGCCGUUAUCACGGUGACAUGCGUCCAAUUCGCGGUAACGGUGGUGGUGGCGUGUCCACCUACGAACAACAGCCGAAACCGCUUGAUACUGGCAGCUCCCAAAGAGGAUUUUAA